GCGAGACGGAGAAACUGGGGCAGAAGUGAAGAUGGCGGCGGCGGCGCUGGCGGCGGCGGUUCGUCGCCAGUGACGCGCGCUGCGGGCUGCUGUCCCUCCCCGCUCCCCGCGUCCGCCGCGUCCGCCCCGCACCCCUCCACCCGCAGCCCGCCGCUCGCCGCGCUCCGGGCCGCCGUCGUCCGUGCGCGCCGUGGCCGGCCGAGCGGGCGGCGCGUUGAUCCGCCCUCCCGCCCGCCGCGCCGGACCGCCGGGCCGCGGACACACGCUCGGCGGGGAGGCGGCGGUCCCUGCGCGCUCGCGGCCCUCCGUUUGGGGACCCGGAGGAGGAGGCGGUGGCGGCGGCCGUGGGAUCCGGGGACGGGAAGGGGACCGGGGGGCCGGGCGACAGCGGGAGCGGCUCGUUCCCGGGAGCGGGGCGCGCAGGCGGUACCAUGACGUCCAUCCAUUUCGUGGUCCACCCGCUGCCGGGCACCGAGGACCAGCUCAAUGACAGGUUACGGGAAGUUUCAGAGAAGCUGAACAAGUACAAUCUGAACAGCCACCCGCCUUUGAAUGUACUGGAGCAGGCUACUAUUAAACAGUGUGUGGUGGGACCCAAUCACGCUGCCUUUCUUCUUGAGGAUGGCAGGAUUUGUAGGAUUGGUUUUUCAGUACAACCAGACAGACUGGAAUUGGGCAAACCUGAUAAUAAUGAUGGGUCAAAACUGAACAGCAGCUCGGGGACAGGGAGGACGUCCAGGCCGGGAAGGACAAGUGACUCCCCGUGGUUCCUCUCGGGUUCUGAGACUCUGGGCAGGCUGGCAGGCAACACUCUGGGAAGCCGCUGGAGUUCUGGAGUGGGUGGAAGUGGAGGAGGCUCCUCUGGUCGGUCGUCUGCUGGAGCCCGUGAUUCCCGGCGACAGACUCGAGUUAUUCGGACUGGACGGGAUCGGGGGUCUGGACUUCUGGGCAGUCAACCCCAGCCAGUUAUUCCAGCCUCUGUCAUUCCUGAGGAGUUGAUUUCACAGGCUCAAGUUGUUUUACAAGGCAAAUCAAGAAGUGUCAUUAUUAGAGAACUUCAGAGAACAAAUCUUGAUGUCAACCUUGCUGUAAAUAAUUUACUGAGCCGGGAUGAUGAGGAUGGAGAUGACGGUGAUGACACAGCCAGUGAAUCUUACCUGCCGGGAGAAGAUCUUAUGUCUCUUCUUGACGCUGACAUUCACUCUGCCCACCCCAGUGUCAUUAUCGAUGCUGACGCCAUGUUUUCUGAGGACAUUAGCUAUUUUGGUUACCCUUCUUUUCGCCGUUCAUCACUCUCUAGGCUAGGCUCAUCUCGAGUUCUCCUUCUUCCCUUAGAGAGAGACUCCGAGCUUCUGCGGGAACGGGAAUCUGUUCUACGGUUACGGGAGCGACGAUGGCUCGAUGGAGCCUCAUUUGAUAAUGAAAGGGGCUCUACCAGCAAAGAGGGAGAGUCAAACCCGGAUAAGAAGAACACGCCUGUUCAGAGUCCCGUGUCUCUGGGAGAAGACUUACAGUGGUGGCCUGAUAAGGAUGGAACAAAAUUUACCUGCAUUGGGGCUCUGUAUUCUGAGCUUCUGGCUGUCAGCAGCAAAGGAGAACUUUAUCAGUGGAAGUGGAGUGAGGCUGAGCCCUACAGAAAUGCACAGAAUCCUUCAUUGCAUCAUCCACGAGCAACAUUUUUGGGGUUGACCAAUGAAAAGAUAGUUCUCCUGUCUGCAAACAGCAUAAGAGCCACUGUAGCUACUGACAGUAACAAGGUUGCUACAUGGGUGGAUGAAACGUUAAGUUCUGUGGCUUCUAAGUUAGAGCACACAGCACAGACUUACUCUGAACUUCAAGGAGAACGGAUAGUUUCCUUACAUUGCUGUGCCCUUUAUACCUGCGCCCAGCUGGAGAAUAAUUUAUAUUGGUGGGGUGUUGUUCCUUUUAGUCAAAGGAAGAAAAUGUUAGAGAAAGCUAGAGCAAAAAAUAAAAAGCCCAAAUCCAGUGCUGGUAUUUCCUCCAUGCCAAACAUCACUGUUGGAACUCAGGUGUGCUUAAGAAACAAUCCUCUGUAUCAUGCUGGAGCAGUUGCCUUUUCAAUUAGUGCUGGGAUUCCUAAAGUUGGUGUCUUAAUGGAGUCAGUCUGGAAUAUGAAUGAUAGCUGUAGAUUUCAACUUCGAUCUCCGGAGAGCCUGAGAAACAUGGAAAAAGCCAGCAAAACUCUUGAAACAAAGCCGGAGAGUAAGCAGGAACCAGUAAAAACAGAGAUGGGUCCUCCGCCAUCGCCAGCAUCCACCUGCAGUGAUGCUUCCUCAAUUGCCAGCAGUGCAUCCAUGCCCUACAAGCGACGUCGAUCAACUCCUGCCCCGAAAGAAGAGGAGAAGGUGAAUGAAGAGCAGUGGUCCCUUCGGGAAGUUGUUUUUGUUGAAGAUGUUAAGAAUGUUCCUGUCGGCAAGGUGCUGAAGGUAGAUGGUGCCUAUGUAGCUGUAAAGUUUCCAGGAACAUCUGGUAACACCAACUGUCAGAACAGCUCUGGUCCGGAUGCUGACCCUUCUUCGCUCCUGCAGGACUGCAGGCUGCUUCGAAUUGAUGAGCUGCAGGUUGUCAAAACAGGUGGCACUCCAAAAGUUCCCGACUGUUUUCAGAGGACUCCCAAGAAGCUUUGUAUACCUGAGAAGACUGAAAUACUAGCAGUGAAUGUGGAUUCCAAAGGUGUUCAUGCUGUUCUGAAGACAGGAAGCUGGGUCCGGUAUUGUGUCUUUGAUCUCGCUACAGGGAAGGCUGAACAAGAAAAUAAUUUCCCCACGAGCAGCGUUGCUUUUCUUGGUCAGGAUGAGAGGAGUGUAGCUAUCUUCACUGCUGGACAGGAAUCUCCUAUUAUUCUUCGAGAUGGAAAUGGUACUAUCUACCCAAUGGCCAAAGACUGCAUGGGAGGAAUAAGGGACCCUGACUGGCUCGAUCUCCCACCAAUUAGUAGUCUUGGGAUGGGUGUACAUUCUUUAAUAAAUCUUCCUGCCAAUUCAACAAUCAAAAAGAAAGCAGCUGUUAUCAUCAUGGCUGUAGAGAAGCAGACCUUAAUGCAGCAGAUUCUCAGAUGUGACUAUGAGGCCUGCCGACAGUACCUUGUGAAUCUGGAGCAAGCAGUUGUUUUAGAGCAGAACCUGCAGAUGUUACAGACGUUCAUCAGCCACAGAUGCGAUGGAAACCGGAACAUUUUACACGCUUGUGUAUCAGUUUGCUUUCCAACUAGCAAUAAGGAGACCAAGGAAGAAGAGGAGGCCGAACGCUCAGAAAGAAAUACCUUUGCAGAAAGGCUUUCUGCUGUGGAGGCCAUUGCAAAUGCAAUAUCAGUUGUUUCAAGUAAUGGCCCCGGUAAUCGGGCUGGAUCAUCAAGUAGCCGAAGUUUGAGAUUACGGGAAAUGAUGAGACGUUCAUUGAGAGCAGCUGGUUUGGGUAGACAUGAGGCUGGCGCUUCUUCCAGUGACCACCAGGAUCCUGUUUCACCCCCCAUAGCUCCCCCUAGUUGGGUUCCUGACCCUCCUUCAAUGGAUCCUGAUGGUGACAUUGAUUUUAUCCUGGCCCCCGCUGUGGGAUCUCUCACCACAGCAGCGACUGGCAGUGGUCAAGGACCCAGCACCUCCACCAUUCCAGGUCCUUCCACAGAGCCUUCUGUAGUAGAAUCCAAGGAUCGAAAGGCAAAUGCACAUUUUAUAUUGAAAUUGUUGUGUGACAGUGCAGUUCUGCAGCCUUAUCUCCGAGAGCUUCUCUCUGCCAAGGAUGCAAGAGGAAUGACCCCGUUUAUGUCAGCUGUAAGUGGCCGGGCUUAUCCUGCUGCGAUUACCAUCUUAGAAACAGCCCAGAAGAUUGCCAAAGCUGAAGUAUCUGCAAGUGAAAAGGAGGAAGAUGUGUUCAUGGGAAUGGUUUGCCCGUCAGGUACCAACCCUGACGACUCUCCUUUGUAUGUCUUAUGUUGCAAUGACACCUGCAGCUUCACAUGGACGGGUGCCGAGCACAUUAACCAGGACAUUUUUGAGUGUCGGACUUGUGGUUUGCUGGAGUCGCUUUGUUGUUGUACAGAAUGUGCCAGGGUUUGUCAUAAAGGGCAUGAUUGCAAACUCAAGCGGACUUCACCAACAGCUUACUGUGAUUGUUGGGAGAAAUGUAAGUGUAAAACAUUGAUCGCUGGACAGAAGUCUGCUCGUCUCGACCUACUUUAUCGCCUGCUCACUGCUACAAAUCUGGUCACCCUACCCAACAGCAGGGGAGAGCACCUUCUGCUGUUCUUAGUGCAGACUGUGGCCAGGCAGACUGUGGAGCACUGUCAGUACAGGCCGCCACGGAUCAGGGAGGACCGCAACCGGAAAACAGCCAGUCCUGAAGACUCAGACAUGCCUGACCAUGACUUGGAGCCCCCAAGGUUUGCUCAGCUCGCCCUGGAGCGCGUCCUUCAGGACUGGAAUGCUCUGAGAUCUAUGAUUAUGUUUGGGUCACAGGAGAAUAAAGACCCUCUGAGUGCCAGCAGCCGGAUAGGCCAUCUUCUUCCGGAAGAGCAGGUGUACCUCAGUCAGCAGAGCGGCACAAUUCGGCUCGACUGCUUCACACACUGCCUUAUCGUCAAGUGUACAGCAGACAUUUUGCUUUUAGAUACUCUGCUAGGCACAUUAGUAAAAGAACUCCAAAACAAGUACACACCUGGACGCCGAGAAGAAGCAACUGCUGUUACAAUGAGGUUUCUACGAUCAGUGGCAAGAGUGUUUGUUAUUCUGAGUGUGGAAAUGGCCUCUUCCAAAAAGAAAAACAACUUUAUUCCACAGCCUAUUGGAAAGUGCAAACGUGUGUUUCAAGCUCUACUUCCUUAUGCUGUAGAAGAAUUGUGUAAUGUAGCAGAGUCUCUGAUCGUUCCUGUCAGAAUGGGGAUUGCCCGCCCUACAGCUCCGUUUACCCUGGCCAGUACUAGCAUAGAUGCUAUGCAAGGCAGUGAAGAAUUAUUUUCAGUAGAACCAUUACCACCACGGCCAUCAUCAGAUCAGUCAAGCAGCUCCAGUCAGUCUCAGUCAUCUUACAUCAUCCGGAAUCCACAGCAGAGGCGCAUCAGCCAGUCACAGCCCGUUAGAGGCCGAGAUGAAGAACAGGAUGAUAUUGUGUCAGCAGAUGUGGAAGAGGUUGAGGUGGUGGAAGGCGUGGCUGGAGAGGAGGAUCAUCACGAUGAACAGGAAGAGCAUGGGGAAGAGAACGCUGAGGCUGAGGGCCACCAUGAUGAGCACGAUGAAGACGGAAGUGACAUGGAGCUAGAUUUGUUAGCAGCAGCUGAAACGGAAAGUGACAGUGAAAGUAACCAUAGUAACCAAGACAAUGCUAGCGGGCGCAGAAGUGUUGUCACUGCAGCCACUGCUGGCUCAGAAGCAGGAGCAAGCAGUGUUCCUGCCUUUUUUUCUGAAGACGACUCUCAGUCAAAUGACUCAAGUGACUCUGACAGCAGCAGCAGUCAGAGUGAUGACAUAGAGCAGGAGACCUUUAUGCUCGAUGAGCCACUAGAAAGGACAACGACCAGCUCCCAUGCCAAUGGUGCUGCCCAGGCGCCCCGCUCCAUGCAGUGGGCCGUUCGCAACACGCAGCAUCAGCGAGCCGCCAGCACAGCCCCGUCCAGCACGUCCACUCCAGCAGCAAGUUCUGCAGGUUUGAUUUAUAUUGAUCCUUCAAAUUUACGCCGGAGCGGCACCAUCAGCACAAGUGCUGCAGCGGCGGCAGCUGCUUUGGAAGCUAGCAAUGCCAGCAGCUACUUAACAUCUGCAAGCAGUUUAGCCAGGGCUUACAGCAUUGUCAUCAGACAAAUCUCGGACUUGAUGGGCCUUAUUCCUAAGUAUAAUCACCUAGUAUACUCUCAGAUUCCAGCAGCUGUGAAAUUGACUUAUCAAGAUGCAGUCAACUUACAGAACUAUGUAGAAGAAAAGCUUAUUCCUACGUGGAACUGGAUGGUCAGUAUUAUGGAUUCUACUGAAGCUCAAUUACGUUAUGGUUCUGCAUUAGCAUCUGCUGGUGAUCCAGGACAUCCAAAUCAUCCCCUUCAUGCCUCUCAGAAUUCAGCUCGAAGAGAGAGGAUGACUGCUCGGGAGGAGGCCAGUCUAAGAACGCUUGAAGGCAGACGACGUGCUACAUUGCUGAGUGCCCGCCAGGGAAUGAUGUCUGCUCGAGGAGAUUUUCUCAAUUAUGCUCUGUCUUUAAUGCGAUCUCAUAAUGAUGAGCAUUCUGAUGUUCUUCCAGUACUGGAUGUGUGCUCACUGAAACAUGUGGCAUAUGUCUUCCAAGCCCUUAUAUAUUGGAUUAAAGCAAUGAAUCAACAGACAACAUUAGACACCCCUCAACUGGAACGCAAAAGGACACGAGAACUUCUGGAACUGGGUAUUGAUAAUGAAGAUUCAGAACAUGAAAAUGAUGACGACACCAGUCAAAGUGCUACUUUGAAUGAUAAGGACGAUGAAUCUCUUCCUGCAGAAACUGGCCAAAACCAUCCAUUUUUCCGACGUUCAGACUCUAUGACAUUCCUUGGAUGUAUACCUCCAAAUCCAUUUGAAGUGCCUUUGGCUGAAGCCAUACCCCUGGCUGACCAGCCACACUUGUUACAGCCAAAUGCUAGAAAGGAAGAUCUUUUUGGUCGCCCAAGUCAGGGUCUGUAUUCCUCAUCUUCCAGCAGUGGGAAAUGCUUAGUGGAAGUUACAAUGGACAGAAAUUGUCUCGAGGUUCUUCCAACUAAAAUGUCUUAUGCUGCUAAUCUAAAAAAUGUAAUGAACAUGCAAAACCGGCAGAAGAAAGAAGGGGAAGAACAGAGCGAGCUGGCCGAAGAAGCCGACAGUUCAAAGCCAGGGCCGUCUGCUCCUGAUGUUGCUGCCCAGUUGAAGAGCAGUUUACUAGCAGAGAUAGGACUCACCGAGAGCGAAGGGCCGCCCCUCACGUCCUUCAGGCCUCAGUGCAGUUUCAUGGGCAUGGUUAUUUCUCACGACAUGCUGCUGGGCCGCUGGCGCCUUUCUUUAGAACUGUUUGGCAGAGUAUUCAUGGAAGAUGUUGGAGCAGAGCCUGGAUCGAUCUUAACUGAAUUGGGUGGUUUUGAGGUAAAAGAAUCAAAGUUCCGUAGAGAGAUGGAAAAACUGAGAAACCAGCAAUCAAGAGAUUUAUCACUAGAGGUAAAGGUUGAUCGAGAUCGGGAUCUUCUCAUUCAGCAGACUAUGAGACAGCUUAACAAUCAUUUUGGCCGAAGAUGUGCUACCACACCCAUGGCUGUCCAUAGAGUUAAAGUCACCUUUAAGGAUGAACCAGGAGAGGGCAGUGGUGUAGCGCGGAGCUUCUAUACAGCAAUUGCACAAGCGUUUCUAUCAAAUGAAAAAUUGCCAAAUUUAGAUUGUAUCCAAAAUGCCAACAAAGGUACUCAUACAAGUUUAAUGCAAAGAUUAAGGAACAGAGGCGAGAGAGAUCGGGAGAGGGAGAGAGAACGGGAAAUGAGGAGGAGUAGUGGCUUGCGAGCAGGAUCUCGGAGAGACCGGGAUAGAGACUUCAGGAGACAGCUCUCGAUUGACACCAGGCCGUUCAGACCUGCUUCUGAGGGGAAUCCUAGUGAUGACCCUGACCCUCUUCCGGCUCACCGGCAGGCGCUUGGAGAGAGGCUUUACCCCCGAGUGCAAGCCAUGCAGCCUGCAUUUGCAAGUAAAAUCACUGGUAUGCUGUUGGAACUGUCCCCAGCUCAGCUGCUUCUCCUUCUAGCCAGUGAGGACUCUCUGAGGGCGAGAGUCGACGAGGCCAUGGAACUCAUCAUUGCACACGGCCGGGAAAAUGGAGCUGACAGUAUCUUGGACCUCGGAUUAUUAGACUCCUCAGAAAAGGUACAGGAAAAUCGAAAGCGCCACGGCUCUAGUAGAAGUGUAGUGGAUAUGGAUUUAGAUGACACCGAUGACGGCGAUGACAAUGCUCCCUUGUUUUACCAACCUGGGAAGAGAGGAUUUUAUACUCCAAGACCUGGCAAAAACACAGAGGCAAGGCUGAAUUGUUUCAGAAACAUUGGCAGGAUUCUUGGACUUUGUCUGUUGCAAAAUGAAUUAUGUCCUAUCACAUUGAAUAGGCAUGUAAUUAAAGUGUUGCUUGGUAGAAAAGUCAACUGGCAUGACUUUGCUUUUUUUGACCCUGUAAUGUAUGAGAGUUUACGACAACUGAUCCUUGCAUCUCAAAGUUCAGAUGCUGACGCUGUUUUCUCAGCAAUGGAUUUGGCAUUUGCAAUUGACCUGUGUAAAGAAGAAGGUGGAGGACAGGUUGAACUUAUUCCAAAUGGUGUAAAUAUACCAGUCACUCCACAGAAUGUAUAUGAGUAUGUAAGGAAAUACGCAGAGCACAGAAUGUUGGUGGUUGCAGAACAGCCAUUGCAUGCAAUGAGAAAGGGUCUACUAGAUGUGCUUCCAAAAAAUUCCUUAGAAGACUUAACAGCAGAGGACUUCCGGCUUUUGGUGAACGGCUGUGGUGAGGUCAAUGUGCAGAUGCUGAUCAGUUUCACGUCGUUCAAUGAUGAGUCAGGAGAAAAUGCUGAGAAGCUCCUCCAGUUCAAACGUUGGUUCUGGUCAAUAGUAGAGAAAAUGAGCAUGACAGAGCGGCAGGACCUGGUUUACUUCUGGACAUCAAGCCCAUCAUUGCCAGCCAGUGAAGAAGGUUUUCAGCCUAUGCCUUCAAUCACAAUACGACCACCAGAUGACCAACAUCUUCCUACUGCAAAUACUUGUAUUUCUCGACUUUAUGUCCCUCUCUAUUCCUCUAAGCAGAUUCUCAAACAAAAAUUACUACUCGCCAUUAAGACCAAGAAUUUUGGUUUUGUGUAGAGUAUAAAAAGUGUGUAUUGCUGUGUAAUAUUACUAGCUAAUUUUGUAGAUUUUUUUUCCCAUUUGUCUAUAAAAGUUUAUGGAAGUUAAUGCUGUCAUACCCCCCCUGGUGGUACCUUAAAGAGAUAAAAUGCAAACAUUCCUUGCUGAGUUUGUAGCUUAAAGGCCUGAGAAGCACUGGCACCUUUUCUCUAUGAUGGUUUGCUAGUUGCUGACUUCUAGGUCUGACCCCAGCCAAAGAUGACAGCAGAACAACAUAAUUUACACUGUGAUUUAUCUUUUUUGCUGAGGGGGAAAAAUGUAAAAUGUUCUGAAAAUUCACUGCUGCCUUUGUGGAAAGUAUUUCAGCAAAGGUUCUUGUAUAGAGGGAAUAGGGAAUUUCAAAAUAAAAAAUUAAGUAUGUUCUGUGUUUUCAUUUUAA